GCUUGUAGUUUAGAUCUCCAAACUGCAGAGGGCAGCAGAGACGAACCAAACGGAAGUGGUCUACCUCAACAAAUAAAACGUCUGAUCUGUGCCCUAAUUUCUGUAACUAACUAUGAAUCCUCUAACGAAGGUGAAGCUGAUUAACGAGCUGAAUGAGCGCGAGGCUGACCUCGGCAUCAGCGAGACCGUCUCCUGGCACACAGAGUACCGGGACAGUGCCUGGAUCUUCAUCGGAGGGUUCCCCUUCGAGCUGACUGAAGGAGACCUGAUCUGUGUCUUCUCCCAGUACGGAGAGAUCGUCAACAUCAACCUGGUGAGAGACAAGAAGACGGGGAAGUCUAAAGGGUUCUGCUUCAUCUGCUAUGAGGACCAGAGGAGCACCAUCCUGGCAGUGGACAACUUCAAUGGCAUAAAGAUUAAAGGUCGAACUAUUCGCGUGGAUCACGUUAAAAAUUAUCGUCCUCCCAAAGACAACGAGGACAUGGACGAUGUGACCAAACAUCUCAGAGAAGAGGGCUGUGCUCCCAAAGGUCCUACUGUUGUCCCCUCUUCCUCUGAGGAAGAAGAGCAGUGCGUCGUACCUGCGAAGAAGCCCAAAAAAGAUAAGAAAGAGAAGAAGAAGAAAAAAAAGAAAGAGAAGAGGAAGAAGAGCAGAGCUCCCUCUUCAUCACCUUCUCCUCCUGCAGUCCUCAGACUGAAAGAGGAGAAGCAAGACGCCGCCUACGACAAGUACAACCACAAGGAGGUGCCUGCAGGGCAGAGGACGAGGGACACGGAGAGAGGAAAGGGGACAGACAGGAAUGAAGACAAGUGGAGGAACUGUGAGAGAGAGGUGGACAGAGACAAGGACAGAAGAGACGACUAUAGGAGACAAGAGAUGGACAGAGACAAAAGACGAAGAGAGAGGGAGUGGGACGAAGACAGAAGAAAAGACGGAGACAACAGGAAACGGGAGCCAUAUAGAAAAUAGACAGGUUGUGAUUGGCCGAUCCAUGGGGUGUGUGUGUGUGUUUUAAUGUUUCGUAUUAAAAUCUGACCUGAACACCUGA